GAUAAUUGCAACCCAAUAGUUGAAACUUGAAAGUGGCAAAGUGGGAAGAAUCGCUUGGGAGAACAAGAACAAGCAUGCUAUUCUUCUGUCACCUCCUCUCUUUCUCUUCUUGUUUGUAGCCGCUGUUUCUGCUUCGUUCUCCUCACUUCACCUCUUCAUUCACAACCCACAAGGGUCAAUUUGAAUGUAAGGACUGCAAUCAUUUUGUUGAGUGAUUGCCUGGCUACAGCAUCACUGUCAGGUUUGAAGUCUGUUCUUUUGAUGGAAUGCAAUAAAGAAGAGGCCUUUAGGGCUAAGGAUAUUGCUAUAAAGAAGUUGGAAAGCAAGGAUUUUCCAGUGGCUCAUAAAUUUGCUCUUAAGGCUCAGAAGUUAUACCCUGAUCUGGAGAAUAUUGGUCAAUUGCUUGCUGUUUGUGAUGUACAUUGCUCUGCAGAGCAAAAAUUGUAUGGUAAUGAGAUUAACUGGUAUAAAGUUCUUCAGAUUGAGAUGACGGCUGAUGAGGUAACAAUUAAGAAGCAAUACAGAAAGUUUGCUCUCCAACUUCAUCCUGACAAGAACAAGUUUGCUGGUGCAGAAGCUGCAUUCAAGCUGAUUGGGGAAGCACAAAGAGUGCUUUUGGAUAGAGUAAAACGAUCUGACCUUGACAGAAAGUGCAGGGUUGCAAUGAACAAUGCUACUAUGCCAUCUCGCCAACAACAGAAAGCUCACAUGAAUUUUAAACCUACAGUGCAGAACACUGUCAAGCCGAAUUUUAUGAACACCACCACUUGGCAGGGGCAACAGUCUAGGCAAACAUCUCAACAGGAGCUUAAUGGUGGCCGCCCUACUUUUUGGACUAUAUGUUCCUUCUGUUCUGUUAGAUAUCAGUAUUACAGGGAGGUUAUGAAUAGAUCCCUUCGCUGUCAACAAUGCAAUAGGGUCUUUUUUGCAUAUGAUGUUGGUAGUAAAGGUGCAACUCCAGCAACUAAUCCAAGUCAGCAAGCUUCUGGCCAGCAGAAUAAUGGUUUCAAUCAUGGUGCUUCCAAUGUAGGUGUUGGGUCUCAAGGUAAUGUUCAUGCUAACAAGUUCAAUACAGAGUCUAGGGGGAAAAAACGUGCUACUUCAGAUGUCUCGAGAAAGCCAAUUGGAAAGAGAAGGAAGCAGGAGUCCAGUGAAAGUGCUGAUUCGGUUAGCAGUGAUUCAGAAGAUGAUGUCGUUGUUGAAGACAAUGGUUUUACUGAUGUACAAAAGAAUACAACUUCUAGAGAAAAGCAGCCACGCAGAUCUACACGACAAAAACAUCAGGCUUCAAACAAGGUGAAUGCAAGUGCAAGUGACAGUGACAAUGAUGAUGACGAUGAUGAAUCAUUUCAACCUUCAAGUAGGUAUAAGAGGAAUGGAUCAUCAUAUCGUGCUGGUGAAAUGAAUAAUCAGAAUGGUUUAGCUUCGGAAAAUGAGGAUAACAAGGAGGUGAGGAGAAAGGAAGGUGCUGGAGAUUCAAACAUAGAUGAAGCAUCAGCAGAUCUUGUCUACCCUGAUCCACAGUUUAGUGACUUCGACAAGGACAAGAAAGAGGAGAAUUUUAAAGCUGAGCAGGUUUGGGCUAUGUAUGAUACUACAGAUGGCAUGCCUAGAUUCUACGCCAUGAUAAAAAAAGUUCUAUCACCGAGAUUCAAGUUGCAGAUAAGAUGGUUUGAGUCGGAUCCAGAUGAUGAGGAUGAAAUCAAUUGGUCAAAUGAGGAAUUGCCAAUUGCGUGUGGGAAAUAUAAACUCGGUAAAACUGAAAUUUAUGAAUCUCGUGAAGCAUUCUCCCAUCAGAUUCUUUGGGAAAAGACUGGCCGCAACACUUUUAAAGUGUACCCUAGAAAGGGGGAAACUUGGGCUUUGUUUAAAGACUGGGAUAUUAAAUGGUAUGUGGAUGCAGAAUCUCAUCAGAAGUAUGAUUUUGAGUUCGUUGAAAUCUUGUCGGAUUUUGUUGAAGGUGAAGGAGUAGAUGUUGCACACUUGGCUAAGUUGAAAGGUUUUGUGAGCCUCUUCUAUCCAAUUAUGAAGGAAGGUAAUUGGUCAUCCCGAAUACCAUCGGCCCAGUUAUUCAGAUUUUCGCACAGGGUGCCUUCUUUUAGGAUGACUGGUCAGGAAGGAUUAGGUGUUCCUGUGGGAUCUUUUGAAUUUGAUCCUUUAUCCCUGCCUAUGAAUCUGGAAGAAGAGAUUGAUCUUCCGCAAGAUUUAAAAGCAAAAUCUUGUCACAGUCCUUCUGUUGGGGUGAGCACAAGGUCUUCAGAUGCUAUGAAAUUCAAAAUGAAAUCUGACAGUGAUGCAUCUCCAUCUAAGGUUAAUUUGGAAAGAAGAAACUCAGCAUUAAAGAACAAGGCUUCUGUUGAUCAUAUUGAUGAUGGUGUUGGUCCUUCUGAUUCAGUCACAACAGCUGUUGGAAUACCCGAUUCUCAGUUCUUCAAUUUUCAUGCCAAGAAGUCCCCUGAAAAUUUUCAGAUUGGCCAGGUUUGGGCAUUUUACCGUGAGAAUGAUAGAAUGCCGAGGUACUACGGUGUGAUUAUGGGUGUUGGGACUAGCCCUGAUCUUGAUGUGCGUGUUACUUGGCUUACUAAUUACUUGCCACCAAAGGAUGCCGUUAAGUGGGAAGACGAGGACAUGCACAUUUCCUGCGGGCAAUUUAAAACGGCAACUGGAGCUAGUAGUUCCAUUGUCUGCAAAAACACCCAUUCUUUUUCUCAUGAGUUGCAUCCUGUUGCUAUUGAGGGUAAUGGUAAGAAUAAGAAAUAUACUAUUCUCCCGAGAAAAGGUGAAGUUUGGGCAUUAUAUAAGAAAUGGUCUGCUAAAAUCAGAAGCUCAGAUUUGUCAAACUGCGAGUACGACAUAGUGGAAGUUGUUGAUGAAGAUAAUAGCUCAGGGAUAAAGGUUUUAUAUUUGGAGAAGCUAAGUGGUUUUAAUUCAGUUUUUAAGGGCAAAACCGGUGGAAGAUCAUCUGCAACUAUACCUUCCAAAAGAUUUCUCAUGUUCUCCCACCAAAUCCCUGCUUUCAGAUUAACAGAAGAGCAUGGCGAUUUGGCAAGUUUCCUUGAACUUGAUCCUGCAGCUCUACCAACUCAUUAUUUUAGCUCUAAAUGAUAGAUUGAUAAAUUAGAAUCCUUAGACUACUUCUGAGUAGGAACAUUAGUACUCUAUUUGUGUCAUAUUCUGUAACCAAGGAGCAAAAUUUGUUGACCUGAUGUCAUUUUUUGGACUAAUCCUUUUUCUUCCCCCUUUUCGGGUUGCGAAAUUAGAUUAAAACCAUGUAUCUGUAUGACUCUAGUGUUAUGCAUCACAGUUCCCCCCUUUUUAAGGCAUUGCCAUUGUUGUUGAUGCCUUUUGAAGUAAAGAGGGUAUGCUGGUUACUUUGUUAAA